AUGGCACUCUUGGACAGUCUGGAACCUAAAAGGACGUGCAGGGACGAGGAUAGAAUUCAGGUUGCGACUCUCAAGUUAGGGGAUCCGGGUUCCCCCGCCCGCAGCGCCCUGGACCGGGCCGUCGGACCGCUGUCUGUGGUGCUGAAGCCUCACUCGAAGGCGCCCCUAAGUGCUCUACUCCGGGUACUGGACAGAGAGGAACGCUUCCUGUCUUCCAGGCCGAAAGCCCGCCCAAGAAGGGGCGCCAACGCAGGAAGUAAGAUCCGUCAGGGCAAAAGGGCCCGAAUCUGGCAAUUGGAGCCCCCAGGCCACCCCGGGGCCCGGUUAUCCGCGUUCGCGUACCCGGGCUCGGGCCGGUCCCCGGCCCUCGAGGGAGCCGCUGCCCUCACCAAGACCUCUGCAGCGGCCGCACCAGAAGCCGCUCCGGCAGGACCCCGGCUUGAGCAACGAGCGCCCCCCAAAGAGUGCACGACCCCCGGAGCCGCCCUCAACACGGACCGCGCCCGCCGGGCACACAAGAAUGGUCACUGGAAUCGACCUGCGAUUCGGGGGACAUCCUACGGAGCCCUGGGGGCGGGAUUGCCCCCCUUCAGCAGGCCUGAUGGGGGAGGGGCCGCGGCGGCGGAGGAUGCCUCCUCCAUCCAGGCCCGGACUCAGCAGGCCUCCCAGGCAAACGCAGGGCCCCAAUCACUGGUGCUGGGCCAGGACCAGGCGGCAAGGAGUCCCCGAGAGCCCCAGGGAAGGGGUGGCGUCGGAUCGCGCGCCCUGGGCCUCGACCGCGCCCGGGAGCCGGGCAUCUCGUCCUCGAGCCCGUCGACCUUGCGGCAAAGGAUGGGGAAAGGAGCUCAGGCAGACCCCCUAGGCCAGGUCAAGGCGCCCCACCCUGCCAGAACUCAGGGCCGCGGGGUGACCUUGAACGCGCCCGCCAGCCCGCCCGCCGGCACCCGUCGCCCAGCGCCGGUGCUUUCAGCAGCCGCCGAGCUGAUACUCGGCGCCAUGGAGUCUCAGGUGGCAGGGGGCCCGGCCGGCCCGGCCCUGCCCAACGGGCCACUCCUUGGUACAAACGGAGCCACUGAUGACAGCAAGACAAACCUCAUUGUCAACUACUUGCCCCAGAAUAUGACCCAGGAUGAGUUCAAGAGUCUCUUCGGCAGCAUUGGUGACAUCGAGUCCUGCAAGUUGGUUCGGGACAAGAUCACAGGGCAGAGCCUCGGCUACGGGUUUGUGAACUACUCUGACCCCAACGAUGCAGACAAAGCCAUCAACACCCUCAACGGCCUCAAACUGCAGACGAAGACCAUCAAGGUAUCCUACGCCAGACCCAGCUCUGCCUCUAUCCGAGAUGCGAACCUGUACGUCAGCGGGCUGCCUAAGACCAUGAGCCAGAAAGAGAUGGAGCAACUCUUCUCCCAGUACGGCCGCAUCAUCACUUCUCGCAUCCUGGUGGACCAGGUCACAGGUGUCUCUCGGGGUGUGGGAUUCAUCCGCUUUGACAAGAGGAUCGAAGCUGAGGAGGCCAUCAAAGGACUGAACGGGCAGAAGCCGCUGGGUGCGGCCGAGCCCAUCACGGUCAAGUUUGCCAACAACCCGAGUCAGAAGACGGGCCAGGCGCUGCUCACCCAGCUCUACCAGUCCUCCGCCCGGCGCUACGCAGGCCCCCUGCACCACCAGACACAGCGCUUCCGGCUGGACAAUUUGCUCAACAUGGCCUACGGAGUCAAGAGGUUCUCACCCAUCGCCAUCGAUGGCAUGAGCGGCCUUGCAGGCGUGGGCCUGUCGGGGGGUGCAGCGGGCGCCGGCUGGUGCAUCUUCGUGUACAACCUGUCUCCGGAAGCGGACGAGAGUGUUCUUUGGCAGCUGUUCGGGCCCUUCGGGGCGGUCACCAACGUCAAGGUCAUCCGUGACUUCACCACCAACAAGUGCAAGGGCUUCGGCUUCGUCACCAUGACCAACUACGACGAGGCGGCCAUGGCCAUCGCCAGCCUCAAUGGCUACCGCCUGGGUGAGCGCGUGCUGCAGGUGUCCUUCAAGACCAGCAAACAGCACAAGGCCUGA